AUGUCAACUUUUAGAGCCACCCACACUGCUGCGCCCAACUUCGCUCUAGACCUUGCUGCUAGGAAGUACGAUGGCGCUCCUCUCGAUCUCUCCGCCCUCCGAUGCGUUGUUCUUGGCGCAGAGCCGAUUCGAAAGACUUCAUUGCAGCGCUUUCACAGCUGUUUCGGUCCAAGUGGCUUCUCGCUCUCCGCCUACAAGCCUGCCUAUGGGUUGGCCGAAGCCACUCUCGGCCUUUCCUUUUAUCCACACCAAGCAAAGUCGAUCGAAGACCUUGUUGGACUCGACGACGCCGUUCUAUGCGGUCCUCCUUGCGUCGGCGUGACAAUGCGCAUCGUGGAUCCAAACACUGGGGCAGAUGUCACGGAUGCAGGUCAGGAGGGCGAGAUCUGGGUCGCAUCACCUUCAGUGUCUUCUGCUUAUCACAAUCUGGAUGAGGCUUCUCGGGAGACCUUUCACAACCACCUCAAUGGCUAUCCCCAUCUUCGCUUUCUCCGCACAGGCGAUAUGGGAAAACUCUGGCAGGCCCCUGGCAAGGAUGGCAUCGUGUCCGGUGGCCAGCCUCAACUAAUGGUCACAGGAAGACUCAAGGACAUCUUCAUUAUCCACGGCCGCAACGUUUACCCGCAAGACAUCGAAGAACUCGUCUGGACCACGUGGCCCGAUGUCUUCAAGGCAGGCUCAGUAGCAGUCUUCGCAGCCAGCCAUCACAAGGCUAUCGAAUCUGGCGAUGGAAACAAUUCGACUUCCGAUCCCAGCGUCGUCCUUUGUGCAGAAGUCCGCAAAACGAUCCUAUCACGGUCAGAAAGGAACAAAACUCUUGCAAGCGUACUCCAACAAAUUCCAGCCUUGAUGCUCUCAUCGAUGGGCAUCAUGCUCGAUCACAUCGUCCUCACUGAACCUGGUCAGAUCCCACGCACCACUUCCGGCAAGAUUCGUCGGAAGCAAGCCAAGGCUCUGUACGAAGAUGGCAAGAUCAAGGUCGUCCUUGAUGAUUCAAACCCUAGAUCGAGUUGGCUCAAGACCGUUGUGGAUGCAAUCUCAGGUAUCCCGAAUGUUCCCGUCGACUUGAUGCAGAACAUUGAUUCGCUAGCCAACCGCUCGCUCACCGAGGUCGGAUGCGACUCGCUCAUGCUUUUCAAGAUUGCCUCACACCUCUCAGAAGAAUUCAACGUUGACAUCCAAGUUUCUGAUCUUGUCAAUACACAAUCCUUGGAGAACCUGGCGAGUCUCUUUAUCGCUGCGAGAGGAUCGAGAUGCAGGCCAAGUAACAAGUACAUUGGUGAGCCUCUAAAUGACUUUGUUCCUACGCGGGAUCAAAAGCGUCUUUAUCUGGAGUCUGCUCAGUCAGUGCAGCACUCCCUUGCGUAUCACAUCUCGCAUUCCAUGCAGUUGGACUCUCCAACGAAGAUCAGCGUCGAUCAGCUUCGCAAAGCCAUAUACCACGUCGCAGCCACCAACGACAGUCUCAGAACCACCUUCACGGUGAAUUCCAAGGGCGAGCCUAUGGCCAAGGUGCUCCCAAUCUCGAAGCUGCCCACUCAAUUGGUUCGUGUACUGUUACAGCCUGAAGCCGACGACGAAGACGAAGACGAAGCCGAAGCAGAGUCGCACCAGGCCGCAAUGUCGUACGUCCAACGGUGGGCUCGAGAUAGCCUGGACCUUUCCAAAACGGCUUUUGAGACUGUUAUCAUCCCGAUCUCCGAUCGUCGUGUUCUCUUCGGCUUCAAGAUCCACCAUAUUGUGUUCGAUGGCUUCUCCGCUGCACUUCUAGCCCAGCGAAUUGUAGCAGCCUAUAUGAACGAGACUGGUAGCGAGGUGUCCAACUGCAGCCCCUCGCCCCAGUUCUCAUUAUUGGCCAACGACUUAGACGGGAAGGAUGUCGAGGAUGAAGAACGAAUUCCGGUCGAUGCAUUUUGGCGAUCCGUCCACAGAGAGUCUCCAAAGGCAUUUAUUCGCCACCCACGUCGGCAUACAGCGACUGAAAACCAAGACGGACUGGUUACCCUAAAUCUUUCGGCUGCCACCAGCCGCGGUAUUUACCAACUGGCUCGUGCUGCUGGCUGUAGCUCCUUCGUCUACCUUCUCACUGCGUUUAUGCAGCUUCUUUCCGACUUUGAGAUGCAGGACGACUUCCUCGUUGCCUCUCCCGUAACAAAGCGGAGUGAUACCUGUGUAAGGUCUAUGAUUGGAUUUCUUGUAAACACCAUGUUGAUCCGAGCACCAGCAUUUGGUGACACAAGAGAUCGACGUGCUUCUCUAAGUUUUGUGUCUAGACAGGUGCAGAGCUACAUUUCAGACCCCGAGUUUGACUUUGCGGCCGUGCUGCGUCACAUUCAGAAUGCAACGUCCAUGGACGUCGAAAAGGAGGUCGCACCAGCGGCGAAUCCUCUAUUCCUUUGGUUCAACAUGCACGAAUUUGCGCUCGAAGCUGAACUGCAAACCUCGGAGCUCACAGUGACCCGAUCGAAACCACUUUGGAGUGGGGUGGCCAAGUUUCCGCUGGGUCUCGAAUUAUUCCCACAGGCCGACGGAAGCAUCGAAUGCGUUUGGGAGUAUCAGGGAGGUGCGUAUUUGGAAGAGGAGGUGAACCAAUUGGCGAGCGCCUUUGGAGACAUGCUGGAGCUUACCGCCAAUCAUGAUGGUAGUGUUGGAUCCUGGCUACAUGCCAAGGACUCGACCUCCCUGCGAGCCCUCCAGAUCGCCGGUCCUGAUGUUAAAACUGGAGCAGACGACACUUGCGACCUUGUCAGCCUUUUCAGAACCUCAGUGCAACAGUUCAGCACCCGCGUAGCGAUCGAAGACUCGGUAGAUCAUCGAACUUACACGUACAGCGAUGUGGAUCGUCGCACUGAUCAUCUCGCUUCGCUCAUUCGGACGCUUCUCGCAGCGCAAGUCGAUCAACAGUCAACACGUCAUGUCAUGCUCGCACUUGAACGGGGUCCUCACCUGACGAUAGCGAUUCUGGCGGUUAUAAAAGCAGGCGCGGCCUACGUCCCUUUGGAUCUCUCCAAUCCUGCCGAAAGAAAUCGCUACAUCACCGCUCAAGUAGGCGCACAGUUGGUGUUAGUCGAUCAUCGUACUGAAAGCAGGUUCGUCGAAGAACUUCCCAUCAGUCACCUCAACGCCGAGUCGGUCAUUUCAAGCGAUCCUCCAACAUCAAGCAUUGGACCUCUUCUUGACAAAAUUGACGCCUCAUUGGUCUGUUACGUGCUUUUCACAUCUGGCUCGACCGGAGUGCCGAAGGGCUGUGUCAUGACGCACGCUGCUGUGACCGCCAGCGUUCGUGGUCAUUUGCUUGCGACGCAAUGCCCCAAAGGAAUUCGAACGUUGCAGUUCUCUCGGUACACGUUUGACCACUCGGUGCUGGAACUCUUCAUGACUCUGCAUCGCGGUGGCACACUGGUCACUGCUCCUCAUGAAGAGCUUCUAAGCAACCUCUCAGGUAUUGUGAGUGAUUCAAUGAUCUCAUUAUGCGUACUGACUCCCACCGUUGCAUCUGUGCUACCAGACCCGCAAGAUCUGCCUUGGCUUCGAGUCCUCAUUCUCAGCGGAGAACCCACCUCCCUUCAAUUCCGCAAGAAAUGGCUCGCGCCCAACAUUAAGACGAAGCUUUUCAAUCUCUACGGUACGACUGAAGGAGGCAUUCAUCAGUUCUGCUGUCGCAUGACUGCCGAACAGCCCUUGACCUGUGUUGGUCACCCGCUUCCAGGCAUGCGAGCCACGAUCCUUGGCCGCGAUCAGCAGCCAUGCCCGCGUGGCGCGGUUGGACACAUUUGGGUGGACGGUCCAUAUCUCGGACAGGGUUACCUCGACGAUGCGGUCACGACUGGUCGAUAUUUCAAGCAGCUUGCUUAUCACGGCGUCGAACGGCUCACACACGCACACGACACAGGUGACCUGGGCUAUAUCGAUGCCGAAGGUAACGUUCAGCUCGUCGGGCGUCAAGACCACCAAGUCAAAGUGCGAGGUCAGCGCGUAGAGCUUGGCGAAGUCGAGGCGCAGAUCAGUCAAGUUCUUGCUGAGCUACAAGUCGGCUCGACCAAGUCUGCAGUCGUCCUGCGAUCCGUGCCAGACUUGCAAGAAGAAGUUCUGGUCGCCUUCGUGAAAUCAGAGGACGAACAGGUGCCAGUUGGCACUGCUUGCCCUCGAGCGAUGUUAAGCUUGAAAGAAUUACUUCAGAAGAAGCUCCCUCGGUACAUGAUCCCGACCUUCUUUGUACCUAUCGAGACGUUCCCUCUCACUUCGAGCGGAAAGCUCGAUCGCAAGAGUCUUGCUUCUAUGCCCUGGCAGUCAAAGGAUCGCAGAGCCCUGCCUGCUGCCUCUUCCUCGUCAUUGUCGGUUGUUAGCUCUGCAAACAGUGCUGAGCGGUACGGCACACUCGAGAUCCUGCUGGACACAAUCGGAGAGGUCACAGGCAUCCACGCAACGCCAGACACGCGGCUCAUGGAGCAAGGUAUCACAUCAAUCACUGCUAUGCGUAUCUUGGCCGUCCUACGAACCCGUCACCGGCUGAAUGCUAAGAUUAAUGACUUCUUCGAGCAUCCCACUAUCGCUACAAUUGCAGCUAGCAUCGAGGAUCGUCAGAGCUACAUAGCAGCAUCAUCGCUGGUGCAUAGUUUCGUCUCAGAAGAACGCCCUCGUACAGCUCUGAGUGACCGAUCUCCUACAUCGACAGGUUCCUCUGCAAGGAGUGAAGCGACGCUUGAUGCACCGCACACGAUCUUUGGCCAAGCAACUUCUUUCAAGAAACAACCUGAAGGACGAUACGAUGCGUUUCCUCCAACUACGCUCCAGGAGAGCUAUCUGAUUGGUCGUCGCACCGGUGUGGACUUAUCUCUUGCAUCCAAGACCAUGAUAGAGGUUCUCCUGCCUGGUGAUUUCAGCGUUGAUCGAAUUCGGGCAGCUUUCCGCGUCCUUGUGCAAAGACACGAUGCUCUUCGUCUGAUCUUUGACACUGUCAGCUUGCAGCAAAGGGUGUUGGCUUUCGAAGAGGUAGCUGACCAGAUUCCGGUCUCAAUCCACGACUUUACCAGCGAGAGCCUUUCCUUUUCGGAACGCGAGGAUCUCUUACAGUCUUUCCGGGACGACGUGGAGUCUCUCGCCUUUGACCCAAGCUGCUGGCCGCUUUUCGACGUUAGCCUAGCUACCUUCCCCGCUCUCAAGAUCGACGGCCGGAACACGCUUCACCUCUGGCUAUCGCUCGACCUGCUUAUCAUCGACGCCAAGAGUGUACAGACACUUUGCGCGGAGCUUCGAGCACAGCUGAACUUCGAGUCAGAAGUUAUCAGCAUCGAUGACCCGUUGAAAUCCAGCGUUGCAUCCACCACCUUCCGAGACUACGUUGUGUGGCAUCAGAAUGGCUCUUUCGACAGGGAUGCAUAUGCGGAUGCACAAGCAUACUGGCAAGAAAAACUUUCCACCCUGCCGCUGGCUCCUGCGCUGCCAAUGCGAUCUGCGGGCAACCAUGCGAUCGACGGCGCUUCUGUGCACCACCUGGCGCACACCUUCUCCGGAACAUUCUGGUCACGCUUUGUGUCGCGAUGCAAGCAGCACAGCCUUCUUCCAUCAGCCGUCCUCAUGACGAACUUCAUCGAUGCUUUGCGUCUCUGGAGCGAAGAACCAUAUUUCACCGUGAAUACCACCCUUUUCAACCGAGAAUAUGUAGAAGAUGACAUUGACAAGGUCAUUGGCGAUUUCACCGGGGGAAUCUUGUUUCAGACCCCAGACGAGGCGGCCGUGGAUGACAAGUCCUUCUCCAAGCGCUGCCGCCGCGUGCAGAAGCAGCUGCUUUCCGACAUUUCUUACUCGCAGUACAGCAGCAUUAGUGUGAUUCGGGAUCUACAGCGCUAUCAUCCAGGAUCUCUGAUGCCAAUCGUCUUCACCUGCGUCUUGCCGCCGGGACAAUCUGCAGGGAUUCCUGGUCCGACCAUUGCGGCCGAUUCCCUCGAAUUUGAGGUUAUCAGUCGCAAGACGCAGACCUCGCAAGUCUGGCUCGAUUUCCAAGUGUUCCCUAGCCUUGAUGGCAACAACAUUGAGCUGCAUCUCGACUACAUGGACGUCUUCGAGCCUCAAGUAGCGCAGGAACUUUUUGGAGUCUUUGCAAAAGCCCUCGAACGGACUAUGGCGCCCGACACUGACUACGUCGCAACUCUGAAACCAGGCCAAACCACUUGGGAUGAAGUUCAUUCGUUCGCUCAACUGCCGUCGGCCCAUCUUCAGCCUCGGCUCAAAGCUAAUGAGACGUGCGACCCUGCUAUCUGCGCGAACACACUCAGCUUACCAGAUAGAAACAGCCUGUUGACCGAUGGUUUCAUUCGCUCAGCUGAAUUCACGCCAGAAAGAACUGCAAUCGAGGCGGUAGACGGGACCCUGACCUAUGGCAAGCUCGCAAGAUACGCUGCUCUUGGUGCUAGGGAAAUUGACCAGCUGCAACGGGUGGCAUCCAACACUACCACUGUCGAGCCCGACAAUGUUGCUGUUCUCCUCGACAAGUCUUGCGGCCAGGUAGCUAGUGUGUUGGCUGUGUUGCUCUCUGGCAAUGCAUACGUGCCGAUCGACACCGAAACUCCACCUCAGCGGGUCGCUGCCGUCGCCGCUGGAGCCGACAUCACUCUUGUGAUCACCUCAAGGACGGUGGAUGCUGACAAAGUCGCUUGCUUUGAUCGCGUCUUGUACGUCGAAGACUUCAAUCCUGCGGCUUGCGAAGACGACAUUGACAUCUGUCUGUCAAGCCUACCUCUCGUUCGAAGACGAGGUGAUCAGCUCGCCUACACCAUCUUCACCAGUGGCUCCACGGGUAAGCCAAAAGGUGUACGCAUCUCGCACCAUGCUGCCCUAAACACCAUCGCCAGCGUCAUUAAACGCUUCGGCCUUCUCGCUGACGAUUGCUGCUUCGGUCUAUCGAAGCUGUCGUUCGAUCUCUCUGUUUACGACAUUUUCGGAACUUUGUCGUUGGGUGGCAAGCUCGCUCUCCCUCAUCAAGAUCAGCUCAAGGACCCAGCUCAUUGGAUCGAGGUGAUGCACCACAGCAGCGUUACAGUGUGGAAUAGCGUCCCAAUGCUCUUGCAGAUGCUGGUUGCGUACCAGGCAACAGAUGAGAGGGCCGAGGGUGCGCAUUCGGCUUUGCGAGUUGUGUUGCUGUCAGGAGAUCGUAUUCCAGUGGAUCUCCUUCGCGGCUUGCUUGCUCGUGCAGAGCAAACGACUCAAUUCUAUGCGCUGGGCGGGGCAACCGAGGCAUCGAUCUGGUCCAAUUACCACCCCAUCUUUGCCGAAGAAGUCGCAACGGAAUGUACACGCCCGAUCCCGUACGGUGUGCCCUUAGCAAAUCAGCAAAUGUUUGUCUACAAAUCCACACUUUUGGGCUCCUUGCAGGAGACGCCAGAUUUUGUGGUUGGUGAUCUGUACAUUGCGGGCGACGGUCUCGCGCAAGGGUAUACGGAUGAUGUUCAGACGCAAAAGACCUUCAUUCAUCACCCUGAAACAGGCCUCCGACUUUACCGUACUGGCGAUGUAGCCAAGUAUCUCCCCAAUGGCUUGAUCGAGUUUGUUGGUCGGAACGACUUCCUCGUCAAGGUUGGCGGCAACCGGGUUGAGCUGCAAGAGAUUUCAACCGCGGCAUCCUCUCUGCAAGGAAUCAGUGGCAUCUUCGUGGAUGUUUAUCGAGAUCAAUUGGUCGGCUUUGUGGUGCCAACAGACGAGACCGAAAACAAGGUCACGGGGAUGGAAGCCUUUUCAUUGCUUACUGAUGAAGCCGACCGAAAGCUGCACAAGGUGGAGCAUCAGCAUGACCCCAGUCUUCCCCGCUCUGCCCGGUGCGUAGACGCCAUCGACUCCAUCACCAUAGCUGCGCCCUCAGACUCGCAAACCAAAGUGGCUCGGACGCGGAAGAGCACAUACUCCUUCUCCCCCCGCUCGGUGUCAACCGACGCUUUGCAGUGCUUGUUGAUCACAUCCCUCAGCCCAUCCCACUGUGACAAUGGAUCUGAAGAUGUGUCUCAAGCCCUUGCAAGCUUGCUCAGUGUCCUGCUUCCAGUCGAAAGUAACGGAAGUCGCAAGUACCGCUAUCCGUCCGCAGGUGCCACGUACAGUGUCAAUUGUCUUGUCAGCAUUUUGAACCUUGCAGGACACUUUUCUGGAAUCUACGCAGUCGAUGUGCUAGGCUCUAAGCUCGUGCUGUUACAGGCACACGAGCCAGAGAAGGGCAGUGUUGAUGCCGCCACAAGCAUAGAGCUCUGCUUCUGGUCUGAUCUUGCCAAGAUCGCCCCUCUGUAUGGCAACAAGAGUCUGGAGUUUGCUCAGCUCGAGGCUGGAUACGCGAUUGGCGCCAUGAACCGCGAGCUUUCACGAUCCUCUGCUCUGCACCUGGAAACUUGCGAGUUGGGCAUAAAGGUAGAGCCUCUCUUGUCGAGCACGGAGAUUUCCCUCACGAGUGCACGUCUUUCUCUGCCUCGGGGAGAUUCGACCCAUCGAGAUGAAGACAAGUCUUCGCUGUUGGUAUCCAUGUUCCAACGGACCAAUUCGGAUCGAUUCUGGCUGAAGGAAGUCUCCGAGAAACGCUACCGAGCGUCGAUGCUCUCCUCUGAUGAAAAAGGUGUCUUUGACGCUCAAAGCAUCUUCUUCCACACCAACGCCCCAUUACUUCACUCAGCUAGCGUCUUGAUCACAAUCGCGUGCAAAGACGGCGGAUUACACGCUGCGAUGACUGCACAGGGCCUUUUGGAAGAGGCUGCAGCGCACGGAAUUGGCUUCACUGUCAUCCCUUUCGUCAGCGAGCGCUUCAAUGUUCUCUUCAAGCGGCGCGACAUUGCAUUGCCGCAGGUCAUCCUGGUCGGUGGCCUCUUGCCCGACGCAGACGUAGACAAGACCACCGUUCAGGCAAUUUUGCCUAUCCACCGCCUAAACGAAUAUCUCUCUACUCGCCUGCCAACUUACAUGCUACCGAAGAAGCUGUUCAUCAUCGAUCGACUCCCUCUGACAGCCAACGGGAAAGUGGAUCGCAAGUCGCUGCUGGCCCAUGCAGAGCAGCAGAUGGAUUUCUCGGAGGAGGGGGCGGCUGUGAUCUCAACAGAGAUGGAAAAAGUCGUAGCUCAGAUCUGGUCGACGGUGCUCCGCCUAGACAGGGGUACGCUCACCAAGACGUCAUCCUUCGCAGAGCUUGGCGGACACAGUCUUUCUGCUAUCAAGGUACAGGGCCUUCUCAAGGCAACACUUGCGAUGCCCGAUCUCCCGCUCAAGGUCAUCUUCGCAAAUCCGACCUUGAGUAGACUUGCUGAUGCCUUGGAAGGGCUCGGUGGCAGAAUCGAUCCAAGUCGACCAAGCGACGCGAACGCGCGAGAGUAUUUACACGAGCAAGACAAUUCGAGCAAAGAGGACAUUUGGGAGAAGGAACGCUUCGAUCCCUUCACUUUGACGUCCAUUCAACAAGCCUACUUCAUUGGGCGGGACCCUCUUGUCGAGCUUGGUGGUGUCGCUACCCACGCUUAUCAAGAAUUUUCCAUUCCUCCUUGGCUCACGCCUGAACUGCUCAGCGAGGUCAUCUCUGCGCUUGUCUCGCAUCACGAUGCGCUCCGCAUCAUCUUCGAACAAGACCCGGUCUCGGGGCUUCUUCAGCAGCGCGUUCUGCCAUACGAGGUCACGGGGCCAUAUCAGGUAGUUUCGAUCGAUGUUUCCGAAGAGGACGUCGAGGUGGGCCAGGAGAUGGUGCAGCAAGUUCGUAGCGAGCUCUCCCACCAGGUGCUCGACCCUGGAGUCUGGCCACUAUUCGAUGUUCGCAUUACUAAAACUUCGUGGGAGAAUGUGCUUCACAUCUCUUUGGAUGCACUGAUUGUGGACUUCUACUCUUCCGCGAUCCUGGCAGCGGACACUCUUGCGCUGCUCCGGGCAGCUCGCCAGACUUCUCAGGUCGACGCAACACCGUCAUUGCAGCUAGCGCCCCUCAAGACGACGUUCCGUCAGCUUGUUCUGUCACAACUGGAGGAACAAACACGCGACAGUGUUGGGAUCGCUCGCUCACGGGCUUAUUGGGAGAAGCGAGCUUUUGACUUCCCAAAUGCUCCCGAACUACCACUUUCCAGGAGACCAGCGCAGGUUCAAGCCUCUAUCUUUGAACGAGAAGAGGUCAUCAUUAGCAGAAGCAGAUUCGCAGAGCUCGAGAGGCUGGCUCGCAUGCACCACGUGAUGCCAACGACCGUCAUUGCUCAUGCCUUUGCGGAGGCGCUCUCCAAGUACGCUGCGUCACCUCGCUUCAUCGUCAACCUCACCGUCUUCCAGCGUCCCCUAGACGUUGUCGAUGCUGAUCGCGUUGUUGGUGAUUUCACCUCGUCGCUUCUCCUCGAAUACGACGGUAGACCAGUCAAUGCUGAUGCUCCAGAGUCAAAGGGCGGAGUUCGGCAAGCCCUCAGGCGGCUCAACACUCAGCUGGUUGAGGAUCUGAGCCACGCUUCUUUCUCAGGUAUCGACAUGAUCCGAUACCUGCGUUCGAAAGAAGGUGCGGCACGCCAGGUGGCCUUCCCAGUGGUUAUGACCUCCGUUUUGAAUGACAUCGGUGCAUCCAGCGACAUGACCGAGCUCAUGACUAUGCUUGGCGAACAAAAACACUCGAUCUCGCAAACCCCUCAAGUAUUCCUUGACUUCCAAGCCGUGAGGAGCUCUUCGGGCGAGCUGGUCCUUCGUUGGGACUACUUGGCGGAGCUCUUUCCCGCAGGCAUGAUUCGUAAUAUGCACAGAUACUUCGCUGGUGUUGUCAGUGACCUCUGCAACGAGCAAGGAUGGAGCGCCGAUUUCGAGGCUGCGCGCCGCUUCCACCACCAUGUCUCCGAUGAUUUGGACGCUCGAACGGCUCUGAAUGCAACCUCGAACGAAAGUCUCUUAGGCCAAGAUCAGCUUCUCCACACUGGCUUUCUGCGGUCAGCACUCUUGACGCCUGAUGCAAUGGCCCUUCAUGAUGCCGCCGAGGAGCUCAGUCUUAGCUACGUGGAUCUAGCUCGUCACGUUCACCGCACUUGCGAGAAGAUGGAAGCCUCUUGGAAAGCCAACAAGGACGCCAACGAAAGCGUAGCUGUAAUCUUACCAAAGGGCUGGCGACAGGUAGCAUCAGUCUUUGCUGUUCUGUGCUCAGGCAUGGCCUAUAUUCCAAUCGAAAUCGAUCUGCCUAUUCAACGUAUUACGUUGAUCAUGGAACAGGCCAGCUGCGCGAAGGCUAUCAUAUCCGAUCACGAGACAGAGAUCAAGCUGAAGCUUCAAGAUCAUGGAGUGGAUGUCGUCGUGCUGAACGACCUCAAUCUCGCCCCACCUGGCAGCAAGCAGACCCUUGGUGCCUCCGACCUCGUCAAAAGUCUUUCUGCAAAGAAUGUAGAGCCCUCGCAUAAAGCUUACACCAUCUUCACAUCUGGAACCACCGGCGUGCCGAAGGGUGUCGUCAUCUCUCACGGCGCUGCCAUGAACACGAUCGCUGAUGUCAUUGACAAGUGGUCGCUCACCAGUCACGAUGUGACCUUCGGCAUCUCUAAGCUCAACUUUGAUUUGUCGGUGUUCGACAUUUUUGGUCCUUUAUCUAUCGGUGGUGCCGUUGUCUUGCCGCCCGCUAACUGCAAGGAUCCCGAGACAUGGGCAUCCCUCGUGGUUAAGCACAAGGUAUCCAUUUGGAACUCAGUUCCCAUGAUCGUUCAGAUGCUCAUCGAGGCACCGAAUGAGCUGAUUCAACAGGCCUGGAAGUCUCUAAAGCUGGUCAUGCUAUCCGGAGACUGGAUUCCCAUUUCGCUAGCUCGGAAGCUCCUGUCCCUACGUGAGGCAGCAAGUGACGCUCAGGCUGCUGCUCUUGUGAGCUUGGGCGGCGCAACCGAAGCCUCCAUCUGGAGCAUCUACCACAUUAUCGAACCGGAAGAUGUCGGCCCUGACGCAAAAUCCAUUCCAUAUGGUCGACCACUGGCAAAUCAGCGAAUGCACAUUGCCAUUCUGGAUGCAGAUGGAAACUGGCUCGACGAUGCCCCCACUUUUGCUACUGGCCAGCUCUUCAUAUCUGGUCAGGGUCUUGCCGAUGGCUACACUGACCCGGUCAAGACGACCGGUGCCUUUAUCAACCAUCCGUUCACUGGCGAGAGAUUGUACAAAACCGGAGACUUGGCGCGAUACCUUGGCAAUGGGGAGAUUGAAUUCAUAGGCCGUAGCGAUACCCAGGUCAAGAUUCGAGGUCAUCGAAUCGAGCUCGAUGAAAUUCAGCACUAUUUGGAGAGCGUCCCAGGUGUUGAGCGCGCCGCUGCCCUGGUCGAAAGCGACAGCAUUGUCGGCGCCUUGGUAAUGACCUUCCGAGGACAAGACGUACCGCGGGCACAACCUUGCCUUGCUCAGAUCAACGAAAUCCUGGCCCUACAUCUGCCUAGAUACAUGCUCGUGGAUCACGUCAUCCAUCUCGAUGCCUUGCCGCUAUCCGCAAACGGCAAAGUCGAUGUCAAAGCUCUUUCGAAGGAAGCUCAGACACUGCUUGCCUCGAAGCUGAUAGCCGCUCAUUCGGAUCGCCAGCUCCAGCUGCCUUCCACGAUGACCGAGGUCGCUUUGGCUAAGAUCUGGAACGAAAUCCUGGCAAUGGAUGGAAACUCAGCCAUUGGCACCGCAUCGUGCUUUUUUGAGCUAGGCGGUCAUUCCCUGCUUGCCAUUCGUCUCAAAGGAGCGAUCGAGCGCGAAUUCGGAGUGAUCGUAACGUUGAAGGAGCUGUUUAAACAGCCUUGUCGUCUGGGCGAGAUCGCCCAGACGAUUGAUCAGCUCAUCUUAAAGAUGCCCGAAUCUGGCAAAGCAGAUGCAGACGCCAAUUUCACUCUUGCCCAUGCCUCUACUGAAGACUUGGAUCCGUAUGCACCUUUUCCGCUCACGCCCAUUCAGGCCGCGUAUCUCCUCGGAAGAGGCGAUCAGCUCGACCUUGGAGGUGUCUCGGCUCACAGCUAUGUCGAGUACCGCCUUCCGACCGCCUUCGUCGCCCUCCAUGGCGCUUCUCUCAUGUCGCGCGUCGUAGGCAGGAUCGUCGACCAGCUGGUCGCUCGCCAUGAUGCUCUGCGUCUUGUCUUUGACAUUGCGUCACAGACGCAGAGAGUCCUCCGCAACGACGAUGUACCAGCCUAUUCGGUUCGUAGUAUCGAUCUAAGGGAAGAAAGCGAUGAAGAAGUCAUUCAAGCGUCGAUCCAACAGAUCAGAGAUGAGAUGGAGGCACUCGUGUUGGAUGCGGCAGCUUGGCCGCUGUUCGAUAUUGCGGUGACGCUGCUGCCCAAGGGUGACGCAGUCCUGCAUGUCUCCUUAGACAUGCUCAUUAUGGACUUUGCCUCUUCUGCGAUCUUGGCACAAGAGUUUGUGGAGCUCGCUAGUUCGAGGAUUGAGGACGUGGAUACAAGGGCGACAGCUGCUAGGACGGUUACAAGCUCCACCUUCAAGUACCACGUUCUCGCGGAGCGCCACUUGCGAACAACGGAGCGUUUCCGGAAGAUGGAGCAGUAUUGGAAGGCACGAAGCGCCGACUUCCCUGCCGGACCUGACCUCUCGCGAAUCACCUCAGCCGAAGCCACGGUGACGCCCACGUUCGGCAGACGGGAGGCCAUCAUCGCUCGCAGCGACUUCGAAAGACUCAGAAACACAGCAUCUUCCUUCAAAGUGAGCCUUGGCUCCGUUCUUGCGAGCGCGUUCGCGAAGGUGCUCUUCCGCUUCGCGAGUCAUACACACUUUGCUAUCAACUUGACGCUCUUCUCGCGUCAGGCGGAUGCCGCGCAGCACAGCACUGUUGGUGACUUUACGUCUUCUCUCUUACUCGAAUUCGAUGAACGAUGCACACCGACCGACUUCUUGGCAGAGGUGCUUCAGACCGAAGAGCGUCUUGUCCAAGAUGUCGAAAACUCUGCAUUUGCCGGCGUCGAGUUCAUCCGUCUGCUCAACGCUCAACGAAACGGGAAGACCAUGUAUCCUGUUGUGAUGACAAUGGUGCUUCACGAGACUGCUUUCAAACCGGAAGUGAUCGAAAUGUUUGGCGAGCCAAUCUACGCCAUAACGCAGACACCCCAGGUAGACCUCGACUUCCAAUGUAUUCGAGCUAUCAACGGCGACUUGGUUCUGCGCUUCGACUUCCUCAAAGAUAUGUUCCCAGAAUCGUACAUAGAGGACAUGCACGCAACCUUGCAUGCCUUCGUUCAACGUCUCUGUGAGGCUGACAUGACAGCUUGGACAGCAGAAGAUGGUCAAAUCCCAGUCCAGGUUCCUUCGGUUCAGGAGACAUCCCGAACGGUAUUCAAUGACACUGCCCGUCUCUUCAAUAGCAGCAAUGUCAUUGAAUUGCUGCACCAAGGUUUCCUUCGUCAUCUUCAGACGAGCUCGUCAGCUGAAGCAGUUGCGGACGCUGACGGCAAGCUGACCUAUGGACAACUGGGCGUGAUCGUCGCCGCACUACAGACCAGGCUAGCUCAGCACCAGUUCCGCACGCCUGUGCGAGUGGCAGUGAUCUUGCCGAAGGGCAGAUACCAAGUUGCUGGCUGUCUAGCGGUUCUGACACUUGGAUUCGCUUACGUUCCCAUCGAACACGAUGCUCCUGCCUCUCGAAUCCGUACCGUCAUCGAAGAGGCAGAGUGUGCAGCUGCGAUCAUCGGCUUCGAAUCCCCAGUCCUUGACGCAUUGCCGGACACUUGUUCCGUUGUCUCUGUUCGAACCAAGACAGACGACUUGCAGUCCGUUUCCUCGGGCGAGGUGCAGGAUGCCAUCGCUCAGCUUCACCAGAGCUCGACCAAAGUACGGAUCGCGCGAGAUGACGAGGCGUACCUCAUCUUCACAAGCGGAUCGACAGGUAAACCUAAAGGAGUGGUGAUUCAGCAUGGAGCGGUGGCCAAUACGAUCAACGACCUCGUAGCUCGCUGGUCUUUGACCGACAAGGACACCUUCCUCGGCUUGGCAAAGCUCAGCUUCGACUUGUCGGUAUUCGAUAUUUUCGCUGCCCUCACUGUAGGCGGUAAGCUCGUUCUGCCUCCUUCGCUGGACAGCGGCGAUGUUCAUGAUCCACAGGAGUGGCUCUCGCUGAUCGUCGAGCACAGGGUCAGCAUUUGGAACUCGGUGCCGACGAUGGCCCAAAUGCUGCUUUCCACACGCGCGACACGCCUGCGGAAGAAUCUAGCCUCAUUGCGCAUCAUGCUCCUCUCUGGAGAUCGGUUCCCAGUUGAUCUCGCCAAGGGAUUGCUCGAGGUUUGUCCAUCCGAAAUGGCCCUCUACUCUGGUGGAGGUGCUACUGAGGCUUCCGUCUGGAGUGUUCUGCAUCAAGUUCAGGCGAACGACGUCCAGAAAGGAAAUGGAAGCUCGCUUCUUAUCCCGUAUGGUCGGCCCAUGAACAAUCAGACCAUGUACGUCCUCCAGGCCACUGGCAAGAAGGCCUCGUGGCGUCAUGCACCUUCGCUUGUACCUGGCAAGCUGUUCAUCGGUGGGGUUGGUCUCGCCAAAGGCUACACGGACGCGGAAAAGACGGAGGCUUCGUUCGUUGAUCUUCCAGGUCUCGGCCGACUCUACGACACUGGAGACGUGGUUCGCUUCAUGCCAUCCGGCGAGCUCGAGUUCUUGGGCCGCCGCGACCUCCAAGUCAAGAUCCGUGGCCAUCGAAUCGAGCUAGAAGAGAUCACGCACCGGCUCAAGAGGGUACCUGGUGUCGACGAUGGUGUCGUCAAAGUCAUCAACGGACAGCUUGUAGGUUUUGCCGUACCUCGUAACGAGAUGCCUCCGGUUGAAGCACUGGCUGGUUUCGAGCUCCUUUCAGAUGACCUCGAGCGCCUAGCUCUCAAAGCUCAUCUCGCAGAAGCUGCUGACACGAUCUUGGAAGGUGCUGGGCAGAGAUGGGAAGUCGGCGCAGCCCUCGUGGUCGAGCGCAAUGAAAAGGCCGUCAGAAUGGUUCAAGACCGUCGAAGCCACUACCACUUUGACUCUCAGCCCCCGAGCACAUUAGAGGUGACCAAAGCCUACAAUCGAGCCCUCCGACUGGCCUCCUCUGUGUUUGAUCUCAACAAUGAGGUUCUUCCUCCUGACCACAAGUUGUCCUUUGAGCAAGUCAUGAAGACCAUGUCAACCCUCAUUGGCGAUCGCAAAGAGUCAGGCUCUUACAAGUAUCGCUACCCGUCGGCUGGUGCAACUUACUCUGUCCGAGUUUUGCUGGAGCUGCAGGGUGUGGAAGGUGCUGAAGACGGUGUCUACCUCUUGGAUCAGAAGGCGGCAAAGAUGUUGCCCAUCUCAGGGAAGAAGCCGUCCGAUGUUAUCGGAACAACGAGCUUUGCCAGACUCAUCUUCGUCAGCCACCUGCCCGCGAUCGCUCCGCUGUACGGAGAUGCCACGCCCCUGUUCACUCGACUCGAGAUGGGCUACAUGCUAGGAGCCAUGUCCAUCGCAGCUUGCGAGCACAACCUCUGCUUCCGUCUUCAGCAGAGUAGCUCUGACGGCUCGACCCAUGACCACGGUCUCGAUACCUUGCUUGAACUAUCGCUGGAAGGCAGCCAGUACCUGGCGCUCGGCAGCGCCAUCCUUUCGCCGCUGUCCUGUCCGCCAUAUCUCGCUGAACAAGGCUUCGAGGUCGAGAUGUCUUUGGAAGUCGCAACACACGAUGGAAAUGCCGAGCAUGCUUUCGACAUAAAGGCGUCCGGCGGCGAUCAGCCGUCGACUGUACAGGCGGUUAAUGCCGAUUGGGACCUCUCCAAACAGCCGCUGGUGUUCCAUCACAACGCUACACUGCUUCAGGAAGCAAAAAGUAUCGUUACCAUCACAGCAGAAAGGGGUCCCGAAAUGGCUGCUGCCUUCGCACAGCUUUUUGAAGAAGCUAGCAUCUCCCCAUCGGCCGACGGAUCCGUCUCGCUGGGCUGGACUCAGAGCCCCUGGAUCUGCGAUGACUGGGCGUCCUCCUUCCAACAUGCCUUCCGCCGGAAACCCGACAUUAUCUUGUUAGGAGGCAGGGUGGCCGCUAUCGGCAAGACUGCUGCGGACCCUACUCCGCAGCCACUCGAAGUCGCUAAUAAUCACUUGUCACAGUCGCUACCUAGUUAUAUGCUGCUCUCCUCCCUCGUGCCGGUCUUUGGUGGUAUUCCUCUUUCUGGGAACGGCAAAGUGGACCAUGCGAAGCUGGCGGAGCUGGCAAAUGCCCAUGCCGCUUCUUCAGGAUCAACGGACAGCUUCGAAGAUGAGUACCCCUUGACUAAGCAAGAGCAACUGAUCGCUGAGGCUUGGGCUGAAGCGCUGGACAUUUCUGUGGCCACGAUCGGAAUCAACACAACAUUCUUCCAGCUUGGCGGCAACUCGCUGUCUUCGAUCAAGCUGCAGAACCUACUGCGCCAGCGUUUGCAUAUCGAGCUGGACCUCAAGACCAUUUUCCGACAGCCAACAAUCAAAGGUAUCGAUGCCGCCGUCACAAAGAGUCGUGCUGCUGGCGGCGCAUCGGGAAACACCGAGAAAGGCAUCUCGUCUUCCAUCAUGCUCACUCUGGAAGGUCCAGAGCGAGAGAAUGAUCCUUUCCCUCUCACGGCAAUCCAAGAGGCCUAUCUGCUCGGACGAAGCUCUGCAUUUGCAUUAGGAAACAUCGCAACCCAUGCGUACUUGGAGUUCGAGGCUCCCCCUGGCAUGUCUUCCGCGCUUCUCACGACCCUGAUCGGAGCGAUUGUGCGCAAACACGAUGCCAUGCGACUUGUCUUCGAUUUCGACACACAGACGCAGCGCGUGCUUCGAGAGGACGAGCUGCCGGACUGGAAGGUUGACGACUUUGAUCUCACCAAGGAAUCGCCCCAAGUAGUGCACUCGGUGCGCGAGUCGAUCCGAGACGAGAUGAGCCACCAAGUCAUUUCACCCGAUCGAUGGCCUCUCUUCGACAUCCGCCUAUCCCGCGCAUCGAGCUCGGAGUCCAGUUCGACAGCGGACCACAUUUCUCCGGCUGUGCUGCAUGUGUCUUUGGACAUGCUGAUCAUGGACUUCUUCUCUUCUGCAAUCCUUGCCAGUGAUCUGGUAAAUGCCGCUCGUCAGUUCAACGCUCAAGGACAUGUGGAGCUCUCCCAGCCCCCAAUCACGUUCCGCCAGUUCGUCGUAGCCGAGCAUCACCGUCGGAUGGACUCGGGUGCCAACGCAGACCGAAAGUACUGGUUGCAAAGAGAAGGUGCGUUCCCUCUCAGUGGACCCGACCUUCCCUUGGUGAAGCACUUGGGAAGCGUCGAUAAGCCAAAGUUCUGCAAAAUCGAAGCCAUUCUGCCUCGUUUAGAUUUGGCGUCUCUCGAAGCAAAUGCGGCUGCAGCCGGCGUUACAACGUCAGCUGCCAUCGCCACAGCUUUCGGCCGAGUGCUUGCACGAUACUCGGAGACAACGAACAGAUUCGCAAUCAACCUGACCGUCUUCUCGCGACCUGCCGAAUACGUCGGAAUCGAACAGGUCAUGGGCGACUUUACCACGUCCAUCUUGCUCGAUUACAAUGAUGACACGCGCUCCGCAGCGCACGCAAACAGGCGUUCCGACAACGCCGAAACUUUUGUUGGCCGAGCAUCAAAAGUUAAUCUUCAGUUGCUCGACGAUAUCAGUCAUGCCAGCGGCUACUCUGGUAUCGAAUUUGCGCGCCAUCUGCGCAGCAAGACAGGCCAAGACAUCGUCUACCCAGUAGUGAUGACCUGCGUCUUGAGCGACUUUGGAGCGUCUCAUUCUCUGAGGGAGGUGAGAGACUUGCUAGGAGAUGUUAGCUACUCAGUGUCGCAGACUUCGCAGGUAUCGAUCGAUUUCCAGUGCGUUCGGAAGGCCAAUGGCGAUCUGUCCGUGCGUUGGGACUAUCUGCAGGAGCUCUUCCACGAAGGCUUCAUUGAAGAGGCCCACGCCGCCUUUGUGCACAUGCUGAGACAUCUCGCUUCUCAUCGCGAAGCGUGGACCGCAGAGGUGUCACCCGAGAUCAAUCUGCUUUCGAACGAAAACGUCAAGAAUCGAUUGGAUGCCAACAGCUGCCUGCAGAUGACGCCUAUCACAGAAUCCAACCCCAAAAUGGAAUCUUUGCCUUCGCUAAUUGUGGGAGACACCCUUCUUCACAGAGGCUUCCUCCGUCACAUGAGAGCAUCACCCGAGCGACGCUGCAUCACUGACUCGUCGGAAUCGAUCUCGUAUGGUCAACUUGGCCUGGCUGUCGCCCGAACUCUACCUCAGCUCCAGCAGGCAGGCGUUGUGACUGGAGAUCGCGUUGCGGUAUUGAUGCCGAAAAGCUGGUACCAGGCAGCAGCUUGCUUGGCCACACUCUCUCUUGGUGCCAGUUACGUGCCGAUCGAGGUCACACAGCCUCGAGUUCGAAUCGAGACGAUUCUCGCCGAAGCAGGCUGUCGCGCCGUGCUGACUGCUUCGGGGGCCACUACGGAUCUCUCCUACGUGCGACUACCGAUGAUCAAAGUUCAGCCUAACUUUAUCAAUGCGACUGGAAGCGAGUCGACACAUGACCUUGCCGACAGACUCAUCCAGAUGUCAGAUUCCAUCGAUGCUAGCCAAGAGGCGUACGUGAUCUUUACGUCAGGAAGCACAGGCAAGCCCAAGGGUGUUCGUAUGAGCCACGCCGCUGCCAUGAACACAAUCAACGAUCUGCUAGGUCGCUGGAGCUGCAACACCAAGGACGUCUUUUUCCAACUCGCCAAUCUGAGCUUCGAUCUUUCGGUCUUCGAUCUGUUCGGCAGUCUUACAGCUGGAGCACACCUUGUGCUACCGUCCGGCCGGAUUGAUGCAGGCGAAUGGGCUUACCUGGUACAGAAACACCGCGUCACUAUCUGGAACUCGGUCCCAAUGCACAUCCAGAUGGUGCUUGCUGCUAUCGCCGACGGAGGCUCGGAGCACAUUGAGUCCUUCGACACCUCAGUUCUCGAGAGCGUUCGAAUCUGCCUCUUGUCUGGCGACAAGGUCCCUGUCGACACGGUGAGGACGCUGAGUACCCAUCUUCGCGAGAUAGAUAUCUACAGCGGUGGAGGUGCGACUGAGGCAGGUAUCUGGUCCAUCUUGUACCCCAUCAGUCGAGAGCUGGCAGACGAUGCUGCUUUCGUGCCGUACGGCAAGGCGAUGCAAAACCAGUGCUGGUACGUGCUCAAUUCGCGUCUUGAGCCGUGCCCAACUUUUGUCGCGGGCGAGCUGUUGAUUGGUGGAGAGAGUCUGGCGCUUGGAUACACAGACGCGGAUCAGACAGAAGGGGCUUUCCUUGAGCUGGACGUCGAUGGCUCUGGCAAGCAGAGACUGUAUCGCACGGCCGAUUUUGGACGCUUCUUGGCAAGCGGCGAUAUUCAGAUUCUCGGAAGGAAGGACGACCAGAUCAAGAUUCGCGGACACCGCGUCGAGCUUGGAGAGAUCGAGACGCGCAUCCUCGAAGUCGAAGGAGUGCACGAAGCAGCGAUUGUUCUGUCGACCGGAGCAACUCCAGCAGACGUUUCGCUGCAUGCCUUUGUCACUCAGGCGCGUGAGUGGAUCGGUGAUGCAGCAGGUCAAGCCACGGCAGCGGGAGCUCUCUCUGAAACGGAGAUCCGACAUCAUCUGGAGUGCACCUUGCCACGAUACAUGGUGCCCUCGAGCAUUUCGAUGGUGGAAAAGCUAGAGGUGUCCACAAAUGGCAAGGUCGACCGAAAGUCUCUCGCAUCCAAGGUGCAACAAGCUCACGAGCUUUAUGCAGCUGAGCAGCAGGCGAAUGUGACAAGCACCAUUUGCAUGCCUAGCAACGCUCUGGAGCGGUCAAUCCAGGCCAUUUGGGCGCAGGUACUGAAGGUCGAAGCGGAAACCAUUGGAUGUGAUCAGGAUUUUUUCUCGCUGGGUGGCAACUCGCUUUCGGCUGUGCGCGUCUUGACCUCGAUCAAGCGCUCGUACGGAGUCAAGGUGGACGUCGCUACCAUUUUGCAACAUCCGACGGUACAGUCUGUUGCACUUCACCUUGUCAAGCUGGGUGUGGACGCUGAUACAGACAAGGCUGCACCCGUCGAGUCUGGUGGAUCGGUCUGGACGAGCCUCUUGUCUCGCUGA